AUGCAAGCGGAAUUAAACACUCAUCCAACCGUUCUUGAUCGGUUUUUAGUGAAUGGUUUUUCGGCAGUUCAUUUUGGGUACGAUUGUUUUGACUUGAAUGGUAGCUAUGAUCAAGAAGCAACCGAGUUGACUAGAUUGAUUCCAUCAGACGAUAAAAAUGACUAUUCCUUGAAGACCGAUGGCAACUUGGAACAAAAAGAAAGCGAGGUUAAGGCGGAUUUCUCAGUCAGUGCUGCUGUGUCGCAAGUGACUGCCGAGAAGCCGUGGAUGAUUGGCAUCCAGGUAUGCAUUCCAUUUCUAAUCGCUGGGUGCGGCACGGUGUUGGCCGGUAUAGUGUUGGACAUUGUUCAACACUGGGAAGUAUUCGUUCAACUUCCAGAAAUUUUUAUUCUGGUUCCGGCCCUGUUAGGUCUCAAAGGCAAUUUGGAAAUGACACUGGCUUCGCGGCUGUCGACUUUGGCAAACCUUGGAAAAUUGGACCGUGGCCGAGAAAAAUGGAAGCAGGUGGUCAGCAAUCUCUCUCUCAUUCAGGUGCAGGCAUGUGUCGUCGCCUUUCUAGCCGCCGUUUUCACGGUCGUUCUGGGAUGGGUAUCUGACGGCAAGUUGCGGCCGACGCAUGCUAUGAUACUUAUUGCCAGUAGCCUUACAACGGGCUCUGUCGCAUCAUUUAUUUUAGGUGGCGUAAUGGUCACGGUGGUGCUGUUAUCACGGGUUAUGAAAAUCAACCCGGACAACGUUGCCACUCCUAUCGCUGCUAGUUUAGGCGAUUUGACAACCCUGGCUUUUUUGGCUUUCUUCGGAAACAUGUUUUUGAGAAGUUACCAUGUUUGGGUUCCGCCUCUUGUUAUCGUACUGGUAUUGUUCUUGAUACCACCGCUGCUGAUGGUCAGCCUAAAGAAUCCUAGCACGAAAUACGUGCUUAUCGAGGGCUGGUCGCCCGUCAUAUUUUCAAUGCUGAUCAGCAGUGCUGGUGGUUGUAUUCUUGGAUUCGCGGUCUAUCGAUUUCGCGGAAUAGCAGUUUUCCAGCCGGUGAUAAAUGGUAUUGGUGGCAACCUGGUUGCUGUACAAGCCAGUCGAAUAGCUACUAGUCUUCACCGGGAAUGUACCCUAGGCGUGCUUCCUUCUCACCUGAAGAAGCUUUCCAGCAGUUGCAUAAAUCCGUAUUACACGUUUUUUGGCUCACGUGAGUUCAAUAGUCAUGCAUCGGCUGCCAGGGUCCUGCUCUUUCUGGUCAUUCCUGGCCAUCUUCUUUUCCUGUAUAUGAUUCAUUCCGUACGUGCUGGUCACACCACUAUCUCGCUGUUAUUUGCCGUCAGUUUUCUGUGCGCAGCCGUUUUUCAAGAAGCCGUUUUACUGCAUAUCUGCUUCGUUAUGGUGCAUUAUAUGUGGAAAAAUAAGAUCGAUCCUGAUAAUAGUGCGAUUCCCUACCUCACAGCGCUGGGCGACUUCCUCGGUACCGGUCUGUUGGCACUUGCAUUUCAGUUCAUGUACAUUAUUGGCGACAGGGAUAGUGAUAUUGGUGAUUAA